UUUAUAUUUUUUGCCAUCUGUUACUCUGUAUUUAAUAUUUCUUAUAUUUCAUAUAUCUCAUUGUCUUAUUCUUCUAUAAUUGCUUCUCCAGGCAAACUACCUGAAAUUUACUGCAUCCUAAUUUCCUUUUGGAACAUCAUCUGAAAGCAAAGAUGGAAAACCACACCAGGAUAAGUGAGUUUGUUUUGGUUGGGUUCAAAUCCCACCCAGGAUCACAACUCCUUCUCUUUGUUCUCUUCUCCUCCAUGUACAUUGUCACUGUAGUGGGAAAUGUCUGCAUGAUACUCAUCAUCAGGAUGGACUCCAACCUGCACACCCCAAUGUACUUCUUCCUAGAGAACUUGUCCACCUUGGACAUCUGUUAUUCCUCUGUCAUCACUCCCAGGGCAGCACUGGCAUUCUUACUGGGCAGAAGAAGCAUUUCCUACAAUGGCUGUGCUUCACAAAUGUUCUUCUUCUCUCUUUUUGGUACAACAGAAGCCUUCUUCCUUGCUGUGAUGGCUUAUGAUCGCUUCACUGCCAUCUGCAAUCCACUGCUCUAUCAAGUCAUUAUGAGCAGAAGGCUUUGUGUUCUCAUGGUGAUGGGCUCUUACCUGUCAGGCUGCAUCAACUGCACCAUCCAGACAGGUUUCACGUUCAGUUUGUCCUUUUGUGGGCGCAGGGAAAUAAACCACUUCUUCUGUGAUGUUGCUGCAGUGAUCCAUGCCUCCUGUUCCAACACACUCGUCAAUGAGCUCGUAAUGCUGGCUGUGUGUGGAUCAAUAAUUGUGGGCACUGCCUUGGUGGUUUUUAUCUCCUAUGGUUAUAUAAUCAUCACUAUCUUCCAAAUGCCUUCAGCUGAAAGCAGGCACAAGGCCUUCUCCACCUGCUCUUCUCACAUGAUGACAAUCUGCUUGUUCUUUGGGACAGUCUUCUUCAUGUAUGCUCAGCCUGGAGCCACAUCUUCACCCAAUAAAAGCAACACCAUCUCAAUCUUCUACACUAUUGUUAUUCCCAUGCUAAACCCUUUCAUUUACACCCUCAGAAACAGGGAGGUAAAAGGGUCUCUGAAAAAGCAGUUAAAAAGGAAAGGGAUUUUUUAGCAUGUUUGCUGAGGUUGAGAAUGAAUAUAAGUGUCCAAUUUGGUACAGAAAGAUGCUUAGAAUGUAAAAUAAAGGACAUCAGGACUUGCUUUAAAGAGUCUUUUGUGUUUCUAGAUGGUCAGUUGUGGAGAGGGCCCACAGUGGGCUGAGGGUCAGAUGAAAGAGUUAACAGAAGAGAAGAAGCCAGCAGAAUUUGUAUGUUUGUGAGAAGAAGAGAAAGAAGAUAAAGGUAGAGGAAAACAAAAAAACAUCUGUGUUGCAAAAAACACCAUGGAAAACCAAGAUCUAUCUGUAUUUUGGAUUUUUGGGGAUACUUUCUCAAAACAGUGCUUCCACCAAUGGACUUGAGGGCUGGUGUGGUGAUGGGCAACGAGAUGGGGUGCACUGUGGGGUCAGGAGGGUAUAAAAAUGCUAUGUAUGGGCACAAUAAAGGCUUGGACAAAGUUUCUUACAGAUCUGCUUUGUGCUGUGUCUGCUCUAACAGUGACAGUCAGUAAAAGCAGGAAAUAUAAACAAAUCUACAAGAAUCUAGUCAUUGUUAUUUCAACUAAACAAUUUUUGAUAGAAUGUAGGAUAUCCUUCAAUGGACAAUAUGGUUGAUUAUCAUGAAAUUAUUUCAUAAGUUUACAUCUAUUACUUAAAUCAUUUACACUUACACAUCAAACCAGAAUAAAAGUAAGAAUUUAAAAAUAAGGUCAAUUACAUAAGCCAAGACCACACAUCUGUUUAAUGGCUGACCACAGUGACACACAAUUCUGACAUUUUGUUUUGCAUUAUUGUGAACAAAAGUGUCUCUUUUUUUCUUAUUCUUGUCUGGCUAGCUUUAUUCCUUUUCUAGAGCAGAUGAAAGUCUGGUUUCAUUAACCAUAAUUAGACAUUUACAAUGCAUCUGACCUGUAAUUUAGAGGCCUUUUAUAGCCAUUCAAAAGAUACUAGAAUUUUAAAGCCAUAAUUAAUGCUAUUGGAUCAGACAGUUUGAUGAGUAUCUAAGUGUACUGAACAUCUAAAAUAGAACACAAAACUCAGACUCAUGCAGUACCUCAUUUCUGUGCAUUGGAACACAGCCAGUUCAGGUGGAGGCAUUCUCACUGUACACAUCCACAGCUAAUUUAAGUCAGACAAGAGUGAACUAGAAGAUUUAAUUGUCUGUAGUAUUUCUAAUUUUGUCUUUCUAGGAAGUUCUAUCCAGUGAAACACCAUGAGACAGAGGGUUGUGGGGGGAGAGGGGGGAAAUACAAGUUUGAGACAUAUCCAAAAGUCCCUUACAACUCUUUUUUUGGACAGUUUACACUGUAGUACCUACUAGGCUGUCCUGAGGUACAGCCUUCUGCCCUUUAUGGAGGAGUUCAAAGGAGAAUGUGCAUUCAGCACCUUCAGCUCACCAUCAUGACCUAUCCAACAGAGGCUUAGCAGACCACACUGUGUUUGGAGAGCAGCUCCAGCUCACACCUUUCCAACAGCAUGUGCCACACAGAAAACACCUGCUCAUCUCCACCUUUCAUCCUGUGAAGCACAGAGACACAUCUUCCUGUGCAAAUAACUCUUUAAGUCUCAAAUUUCCAAGCUGGCUCCUCCUAAAAAGCCCAUUUCUCCCUUGCUUAACCACAGGACAUAGCACUUUUAUGGAGCUGGUGGAGAGAGGGACAAGGAGAGCUGCUGCUGCUUAGUGAAGCAAGGGAGACACCACUCCUGGAAGUGCUCAGAAAGAGCUUGGACACGGCACUCGGUGCAAAGAUUUAGCUCACACGGUGAUGUUCAGUCAAACACAAAGAUCCUGGAGGUCUUUUCCAACCUUG